UUGACUUUUGUAAUUUUUUUUUCGACAUAUACAUACAUAUUUCAGAACUUGUAACUUGUUUGCUGUGGAUUCGAUUUUGUUUGUCGUUUAAAGAAGCCAUCAGUGCAAUCUCUAAAGUUAAGAGAGAGAUUAGGGCCUUGCUAAAAGCUCGAUUAAGGUAUAAAAAGGCAAAAUAAGCGGCUACCCGAACAGUGUUUCUACAGUUUUCAUCAAGAACUACGUGAAAAAGUACUAGCUCGCAAUGCUGCUUACUAUUGCCCUACUGGGCCUACUCUUGGCCUUGGCCUACCAUUUCUACGUAAAAAUCUUCACCUAUUGGGAGCGCAAAGGGGUUCCCUACGAGAAACCUCUUCCAGUGAUUGGCAACAUGAAGGGAAUCGGGGAUAAGUACCAUUUCCGUGACAUCAAUCAAAGAAUUUACGACCAGUUCAAGGGAAAGGCUCCGUUAGCUGGAAUGUACAUGUUCUUCAGACGAACCGCCAUGAUCACUGAUCUGGACCUCAUCAAGCAGGUGAUGAUUAAGGACUUCAACUACUUUCAAGAUCGCGGUGCCUUUAACAAUCCCCGCGACGAUCCCUUGACGGGUCACCUCUUUGCCCUGGAAGGCGACGAGUGGCGAUCGAUGAGACACAAACUUUCUCCGGUUUUCACCUCCGGAAAGAUGAAGCUCAUGACGGAAGUGAUAGUAGACGUGGGUCGCCGCCUGACCGACGCCAUGGAUGCGGCAGUAAAGGAGGCCAAGGUGGUCGAUGACAAUGUGGAGAUCAAGGACCUCUGUGCACGAUUCACCACGGAUGUCAUUGGUUCGUGUGCCUUUGGGCUGGAGUGCCACAGUCUUCAGGAUCCCAACGCAGAGUUCCGACAGAAGGGUAGGGAGAUCUUUACGACACGUCGCAAUUCCCAGAUGGUGCAAGCAUUUUUGUUUACCAACCCCAAGUUGGCUAAGAUGUUACGCAUGAAAGUACUUCCCGAUGACAUAACGAAUUUCUUUAUGUCGGCGGUGAGGAACACCGUCGAUUAUCGCCUCAAGAAUGGCAUAAAACGGAACGACUUUAUCGACCAGUUAAUAGAAAUUCGUGCUGAGGACGAAGAAGCGGCUAGGAAGGGUAUGGGUAUCGAUCUUUCCAAAGGACUGACACUUGAGCAAAUGGCUGCCCAGGCCUUCGUGUUCUUCGUGGCUGGCUUCGAGACCUCCUCCAGCACUAUGUCCUUUUGCCUGUAUGAACUUGCCUUGCAGCCAGAGAUUCAGCAGAGGGUAAGGGAUGAGAUCGAAAGUGUGCUCGUCAAUGUGGAAGGCGAAAAGCUUACCUACGACGCCCUGGCCCAAAUGUCCUACUUAGAUCAGGUGGUGGCUGAAACACUUCGAAAGCACCCUCUUCUUCCCCAUCUUAUCAGAGAGUGCAACCAAGAAUACCUGGUGCCCAACACAGAUAUUGUGCUCGAUAAGGGCGUCAAUGCCUUGAUCCCCGUUCACAAUAUUCACCAUGAUCCUGAGAUAUAUCCUGAGCCGGAAAAGUUCGAUCCUAGUCGCUUCGAUCCGGACGAAGUCAAGUCCCGCCACCCCAUGGCCUAUUUGCCCUUUGGCGAUGGACCACGUAACUGCAUUGGACUUCGUUUUGGAAAGGUUCAGGCAAAGGUUGGGCUCGUAUCGCUGCUUCGUCGUUUUAAAUUCUCAGUUUCGAACCGCACUGAAGUUCCUUUGAUUUUGGCAAAAAAAGCGUUUCUCUUGGGUACCGAAAAUGGCAUGUACCUAAAGGUGGAAACCAUUUGAAUUUUAAUAAAAGCCCUUGUGGUUUCUAAUUUGCGUUUG